UGCUACAUUAGGGAUGCGCUCUUUGUCAAAAAGUCAGUCAGUUGUUAUUUGGCGUAAACAGACACGGCUGCGACGAUUUCAGCAACGUGAAUGCUCUGGCUUCUAAAUCGUUAUGUAAAGUGAAGAAUUUUACGGAGGACAUCCACAAAAUGAAGGCUCAGGUGCGCCAUGGGGUUAUCGUCAUUAUAUUUAUUACCAUGGGUACCAGUCUCAUGGUUGUGUACAACAACAGCUUCACGGACACGUCAGGGACAGCGUAUCACACGGAUGCUGCUGCUACUGGGCCGCUAAUGGAUAAGCCCAGGAAAGCGCAGCCUAAACCAGGAAGAGCCCUGUCAUCAACCCUACAGGGCUACACUGGAGUCAUCGAUCAAAAGCCUCUGAGGAUGCACUGUAACUGCUGUGCCCUGGUGACCAGCUCGGGCCACCUUACCGGCAGCAACCGCGGGGACGAAAUCGACAGCACCGAGUGCGUCAUCCGCAUGAACGACGCCCCGACUGGGGGUAGUUUCCAGCGGGACGUGGGCCAGCGUACCAGCCUGCGCGUCAUCGCCCACUCCAGCCUGCAGAGGGUACUGCGGAGCCGGCAGGAGCUGCUCAACGCCAGCCAGGACUCAGUCUUCCUCUUCUGGGGACCCAGCAGCUGUAUGCGACGCGACGGCAAAGGCCUGGUCUUCAACAACCUGCGUAUGGUCAACCAGCUGCUGCCCAAGCUCAAGGUCUAUGUCAUCUCCCAGCUCAAGAUGCCGCAGUUCGAUGAGCUCUUCAAGAAGGAGACAGGGAAAGACAGGAAGACCUCUAACUCAUGGCUGAGCACUGGCUGGUUCACCAUGGCCAUUGCCCUGGAACUCUGUGACACGAUCAAUGUCUAUGGCAUGGUGGCUCCUGACUUUUGCAGGGCUCCUUCCCAUCUCUCGGUGCCGUAUCAUUACUACGAGCCUUCGGGGCCUGACGAGUGCGCCAUGUAUCUCUCCCACGAGCGGAACCGGCGCGGCAGCCACCAUCGCUUCAUCACGGAGAAGACAGUGUUCGCCAACUGGGCUCGGAUGUUCGACAUCCACUUCUACCAGCCAGACUGGACCCCGUCCUCUACUCUCAAUGGAAACAGCUCWCUCACACCUGCUUCAGAUGGCUCUUGAUACCAGACAUAGACAGAAAGGUCAUCAGGACCUGGGGAAGAAGUGACUGUGUGUUUGGACACCAACAUGCUGAUUUUCCUCAUCCUCUCCUUGGCUCCCUUAUGGGAGUGUCCCUUAUGGGAGUGUGUGGGAGGAGUGGAAAAGUACAAGGGUCAUUCCACCAAUUCAGUGCCUUUUGAGAAGUGUAAUUUGGAAAAAAUAUAUGUUUGAUUUAACCUAAUUUUAACAUUCUGACAUAAAGAGCACAUGUUCAACUUCAUAAAAAAWUWWWUUUUCCCAUCUCAGCAGGUUAAACUCAAAAAUGACUAUAGUAAGUGCUAACUAAGUGCCAAAUAAAGUAACAGGGUUGACUGUUUUCUUAAAUCAGCCAUAAAUCCCCUUGUGACAGGGGGAAUGGAAGCUCGCUGUGUGCAACAGAGGGUGGCAAUUGAAUGUAAGCUUCACAAAAAUAUUAUGAAAUUGUAAAAAAAAAAAAAAUGCCUGUCUAUCUAUGGGUAACAGGGAUGACGUGUUAUGCUCGACCCGCUCAGAUUUCCACCACAAAACACCAGAACGUGGCAAAAAAGAGUGGAACCAGCUCACCUGCUUUUACACUAGGAUCUGACUAUUAAAGGAGAGUUCUGUUCACGUAACCUGUUGACCUUCAAAUGAAGGACAGAUGUAAAUGAAUCACUAAUCACAUUAAAUAAAUAAUCACCUUCAGAAAUGACUUAGUUAUUUUGUUGCUUUGACAAAGGCUUUACAAUGAUGGUGAUACUUUGAGAAAUGUUGGGAUUAAGUGGGUUAACAUCUUAGAAGUGACACAGGGCUGAAGGAGGGAAAUGUCAAAAGGCAGAAUUUUGGCACUUUAGCAAGUGUCAUAUAAAAAAUCUGAUUUAUUGAAUUCUCCAUAUGGUCUAUAUUAAAUAUCUCUUAGAUUAAUAUAACAAUAUAACUUUUUAAGAUAUUGGUGCACAAUUUUUACUUAAAAUAUCAAAGAGACGCAAAAGGCACUCUUUUCGUGGAAUGACCCGCAAGCUGCAGUUGCUGGAGAAGCAGACUUCAAAGAAGUGGGUAGCUGCUCCUCUAAUGGCGUAUGCACACACUGUAAAAUAAAAAAUCGAGUUGUUAAGUAACUGGUUCCACAGCCUUUUUCUUUUGUUUACUCAACUUUUUGGUCCAAGUGUUACCAAAACAACAAAAAAUUGUUGGCACCAACUUAGCUCCAACUUGAGAAAACUUGAUUUGUUUGCUCAACUUGUGUUCGUUCUACAAUGAAAUAUUAUUUGGGCAUCUUAACUAAAAAAGGCUGUGCAACUGGUUACACACACAAACAGUGCUUUUAACACACAUGAGUAAAUUGUGCUUUUUAAUUUAUACAUUAAUCGUUAUUCAACAUGUCCUCACCUGGGAUUUGAACUCACAACCUCCUGGUUCAUGGAAUGCAGAUCUUCAUACUACGCCACCAUGUCUGUGUCAAUUAUCAGUUAAUCAGACUUUGCUCUCAUUAUUGAUUUGAUUGACCUAUUUCAGCAAUUAGGCUGAUUUAUAACUCUGGGAUGUACCAACUCAAAUAAUAAUGACAGACGCAAUAUCUCCUUCACAAUACUUAAAAUAAAUUAUUUUGUUGAAUUAUUUACACSUUCUGUAAGUAAAUACAUAGMGSKUAUAUAAAACKAACUGGGCACUCAUAAAAGGAGAGCUCAAAUACAAGGACAWCUGGCUACCAAUCUGUUUUUCCACACUGAUACAAACUGGGAAGAGAGAUUCUAUGUAAAACUAUAUGAUCGCAUUGUGUCAUCGUAGUGCCCUUUCCUUCAUGUUUAUGGAGAAAACAGAGCUGGAAAAAUGUCAAUUCUUAUCAACUGAGCCUGACUUGAUCACCUAGCUACGUUUGUUUUUUUCCCCAAAAAGUAACUAAGUAACAGAUUACUUAAAUUGAAAACGAAUGCGUUAGGUUAGUCGUUACCACAAAAAGUUAUCUGAGUACUUUAACGCGUUACUUUGGUAUCCUAAUGCCAGUAGCUACCCUCCCAAACAGGACGGGGCUACAGGGGCAACCCUUCGGAAUGWUGGGAUGUCAUCUACACAGCGUCCACCUGAGACCUGGAUCAUAAUGAGCAUCCCGGAGGUGGACCUGGUUGGAUUAAGGGCUUCAAAGGACAAGCAGGGUUUAAAACAAGCUUGUUUUUUAAUUAGUCCAGUCCCUAUAAUCACACUCUCAGGGCGACAUGAUAAUUACGUUUGACCUUACCUCGUAAAAUGCAGUGUAAAUGUAUAAGUAGGUUUUGGUGCUUAUUCACCUACAAGCCUCUUUAUUCGUAUAUUUGGAAAAGGUUAGUCCGAGUUUUACAGGUCCAAAGUGCCAAGGUGGUGUACUUGGUAUACAUAAAUAAUAGGCAGUCUUGUCCUGACUUGAUUUGGGUGAGGAAUCCUGUUUCCAAACCAACCUGACAAAACAGGCGUUAACAAAGGUUCAAAACAAAUCAUGAGCUAUCCCCCUUCCUCUUUCAAUAGUGUUCAACUUUAUCACCAUUGAAAUCAUACCGUUUGCGGAUGCAGGGUGUAGAGUACAUUACAGUAUGUGUCAGGAUUUGACACCUCAUUGAGCCGGAGGAUGAACAGUCGACAUUCCAUAUCAUGGUCUGAUCAUUUCAUCUUCUGAGCAGCAAUUUCCAUCAUGACACAUAUCCCCAUUCCUGACAUAGAUAAACACUGGCGCUAAAUUGCCGAAAUUACAAAUGUUGAUAGCCCCUGGUAGUGYGGGAGAUGGUUUUGGGAUGUUUUGGUGGUGAUUCUUGAAUGGUUUUAUCAGUAAAAAGUGACAUCAUUAUCCAGUGGGACCAAACUGUUUUCUGCACAUAGUUGAGAUAAAGUAUAAGAUAAGUAUAGGAAAAGAUUGCAUAGCCUACGCACAUCCAAUACUGAGCAGGUGCUGGAGAUCAAAUAACAUGAUCAGCAAAAGGUAAAAACAGAAGGCAGUGUACAGAGUCUGAUGAUUUAUGAGGUAUUAUAACUUAUCUUUUUUAUAGGCCCUUAAUAACUUGGCCCCAGUCCACUUUUAGAUGACCAGAAGGUAGGCUUAAAACAGACUGUCAUUUCUCUAAGUGUCAAAAGCUGGUGGAAAUUCUUGGCAWAUUUGAAAUGUGAAGGUUAUGAGGUGUUUUAGGAGAUAUUACUCAUGUUUGCCCUGACACCUAGUGGCUAUGUGUGUCCUCCAUAUAUAUGGACUGGUCUGUGGGUGCGGGAGAAUGAAUGUCUUGUCGUCUAUUACUGUUUUAACGUUGAUUGUGGGCAUAGCGGGGCACUUUGCAGUGUGUGGGUGGUCUAUAUGGACAACAAUUGUUCCAAUCGCCCGAGGAAAAUUGCAAUUGCCACGUUUUCCGCCUUUAUGUGUUUUUCACCAGUAGAAUAUAGGCCCACCCUUUGUCUUUAGUGGAUAGUUCAUUGUUGACAAAAUAUUCUAAAUAUGGGUUCUGUCUGUGAGGAACCUUUAUUAUAGAUCCAUCUGCAAGGCCCCUAUUUAAACUGGUAAGCCUGAAAUGAACCUUUACCAUGAUAGACCAGCCUGUAAGGCCCCUAUUUGCUCUGAUCAGCCUCCGGGGAGCCUUUAUUAUAGACCAUUAGACCAGCCUGUUAGGCCCAUAUUUACUCUGACCCGCCUGAGAGGAAACUUUAUUAUCGAUUAGCCUGUAAGGCCCCUAUUUACUCAGAUCAGCCUCAGAGGAGCCUGUAUUGUAUUAGUUGUAUGAAUAGAUAGCUCUAUUUAACCAGCCAGCUAAGAUACAMCUUGCUAUAUUAGCUCAUUGCUCAAGAGAAAAUAGCUAGCUAAGCAGUUAGCAGUGGUGUAAAGUACUUAUGUAAAAAUACUUUAAAGUACCAC